AGAGGAUGCGGAUCGAAAAAUUCUGUAGUAUCUCCAAGUCCAUGAGAUUCAUGAUAUUGUGACUGACCGUUAAUGGUUCUUCUUCCUCCGUUUUCUCAGAGAAAUUGGGAGAAAAACCAUGUUCCGUAAUCGUAGGCUACAAUCUAAAUCUCAGUAGUUUCAAAUUCAAGCUCCUUGUCUCAAUUGAACAAGGGAAUGGUCAUGGCCAUUGCGUCCAUUUUGAAGCCACCGCCAUCCGUGCCCUUUCACUCCCUAAAGCCAAGCUUCUUCAAAUCUUCACCAGUCAUCUUAUGUUUUCCUACACAUCUAAUGACGUCGUUUCACCCAUCCACUCGUGCCCUAAAGACUGGCCCUGAAGGCAGUAGAAUUCGGAGCCACGAAGAAUGUAGCUCCGAUUUGCUGCGGAAACCGGUUGUUCCGCCGGCGAAGGACUUGGCUGGAUUAUCGGAGGAUGAAGAGAGCAGCGAGGAGAGUGGAGAUGACGAUGACGAGGAAGAGGAUUGGGUUGAUUGGGAGAACAUAAUUUUGGAGGAUACUGUUCCUCUCGUUACCUUUGUGAGGAUGGUUCUUCACUCUGGAAAAUAUGAAAUUGGGGAUAGGUUAAGCCCAGAGCACGAGAAAACAAUUCUCGAAAGGUUGCUUCCAUAUCAUCCCCAUUAUGAGAAGAAGGUUGGAUGUGGGAUUGAUUAUAUCACGAUUAGAUAUCAUCCUGAUUACGAAAGCUCAAGAUGUUUAUUCAUCGUCAGGAAAGAUGGUGAAUUAGUUGAUUUUUCAUAUUGGAAGUGCAUCAAGAGUCUGAUCAGAAAGAAAUAUCCUCUUCAUGCAGAAAGCUUCAUUCUUAGGCAUUUUCGACGUAGACGCAAUCUCCGUUGGUAAUACAUGCAAGGUCUGUUAAGCAUACCAUAGUAUCAUUCAAUUUCAGGAAUUCUUUGAAUAUCAAAGCUUGAAAUUGACCUGCCACGCUUGUUUGGUUCUCGUAUGUAUGACUUGAAAUGCGCGAAUCAAGAUGGAUAUAGGGUGAAUGUAGUAGACUUUUUCUUGAGGAAGGUGCUUGUAAAAUUCAAUUUUGUAAAUCCUAACAGCUACCUCCAUUUAUCCA